AGAAAUCAAAGACAUAUAUAUAUGUGGUUGCUUCCCCUCAGCUGCUCAUUUCACCAGCACUACGGCCUCCACCACCACGUAGUGCUGAGUUACGGGACUAGCGCUCAGUGCAGCCACAGUCCGUGGUUCCACCCGGGGUCAGCAGUGCUCCACAGCCAUCACAUGAUUCUAAACAACGGUCCAGAGGCUGUCGUUGAUCAGGCGUGACUAUUUCUCAGCAACAUUUCUCGUCAACAUUUGUUCUCUCACCCGGGAGGACUCCAUCAGUUUCAGGUUUUUUGGGGGGACACCACUCACUCCGCCCUCACCUUUGUUCGUUGCCUCCGACACCUGCUGAGCGACGGUCAGUACAUGACAAGGGAGGCCACCAUGACGUCAUGGAUUCCGUGGAUGGGCGCAUGGCAGCGGGACACAACUUUAGUCCUGUGUGUUCUCCUUGUUUUAGUCAGUCAGGGUGUCGGCUUUGAACAUGGAGGCAGUAGCAGCAGCAAUCAGAGCAGCCUGCAUCAGUCGCCCUCUGGUGAGCAUCGCGAGCAAGGGCCUGUGUCCAAGGACCAGCAGCAUGUCGUCAACAGACGAUACAUCGACUCUCUGGCCAGCGACCUCUUCAAACGCCCCGCCGACCAGAAGCGCUACUUGGACUCCAUCGCCGGAGACCUCCUCAAUCGGGACAACAGGUCGCCAAGUGCACGAGGUCAACGGAGAGAUGCUCAAAGGAGCAACAUCACGUGACGAGGACCAAGGUGAACCACAGACUGCUUUCGAUUUCAACCCGGACCCCGAGGAGGAGAGGUAUGACAAACGGCACAUAGAUUCUUUGGCAGGCGACCUUCUGAAAAAGAGCGAAGGUGGUCCAUGGGACAAAAGGUAUGUCGAUGCCAUUGCAGGUGAUCUUUUGAAGAGAAGUGAUGCGCGGUGGCCGGCGAGUGCAAAGCGCUACCUGGAUUCUAUUGCUGGAGAACUCUUGAAGCGGGACGAUCCUCAGGUGCCAGAGCGAGGUGCCAAGCGGUACAUCGAUUCCAUCGCCGGAGACCUGCUGAAGCGUGAACCCAGCGAUCCAUACACAGCUCAGAAAAGAUACAUAGAUGCCAUCGCUGGAGACCUACUCAAGCGUGAUGCGCAAGGAGACAAAGCAAAACGAUAUCUGGAUUCCAUUGCAGGUGAAUUGCUGAGACGCGGACACCCGUAUGGUCGGUAUGCAAGAGGUACAUCGACUCCCUCGCUGGAGACCUGCUAAAGAAAGAUUUUGGUCCCUUCGGAGAUGAGAAACAGCACAUGGAGGCCAUAGCAGGAGAACUCAGAGAAGGUGAGCAAGAAAAAAGGUAUGUGGACUCCAUUGCUGCGGAUCUACUGAAGCGCCACCAAGGUGCUGAUGCAGACGACAAAUACAAACGGUAUGUGGACUCCCUUGCCGGCGACCUGUUGAAAAGGGAAUCAAUGACAGAAGUGCAGGAACCAGACAAGAGACACAUCGACUCCAUCGCCGGCGACCUGCUGAAACGGGAUUCAAGCAUCGAUGAGCAGAAAGAAAACAAAAGAUACAUGGACUCUAUAGCCAGUGACCUUCUCAGAAGGUCCGCAGGUCAACCUCUUCCACAAAAGAGACAUUUGGAAUCCAUAGCUGAUGACCUCAUCAAAAGAACAUCAAACGGUCUAAAUGCUCCAGACAAACGACACCUGGAUUCCAUUGCGGGUGACCUCAUUAAAAAGAACAUCAUGAGACCCGUGAAUGUCCCAGAGUACAGUGGCGAAGAAGGACUCGAGAAGCGCCAUCUGAUUCUAUUGCUGGCGACCUCAUCAAGAAAUCUGUCCAGACAGACUCGGAUCUUGAAGCCGAGCUGACAUCUGGCGGCCAGAAAGAAACGAGUUUUUGUCAGCCGACAAACGCCACCUCGACUCCAUCGCUGGGGACCUCCUAAAGAGAAACGACGAGAAGCGAUUCGUGGAUUCCAUUGCUAGUGACCUCAUCAAACGCCAGGAUGCUGACAGCGACAACAGUGACUCGCCAUCCGUGGAUGUGGUCAACGGGGGAGAGACAGGACACAAAAGUGACAUCGACUCGGUGGCCGACAGUCUCUUCAAGCGAGAAGGUUCUGAAAGCAAGCGCUACCUGGACAGCAUCGCCAGCAGCCUCUUCCGCAAGAAAUCUCAUGUUCGUAAGAGAGACGCCAGGGGGCGCCGCCACCGCUCUAAGCGCUACAUCGACUACAUCGCCACCAACCUUCUCAAGCGGCCCACGGAGGGAAAGCGCUACGUGGACAGUCUGGCCAGCCACCUGCUGAAGCGCAACGCUCGCGGAAAGCGUUACCUGGACUCUCUUGCUGGCGACCUGUUGAAACGACCCGCCUUCUAUGAUCACGUGACUGCUGAGUCAGCCACCGACGACAUGGCGGAAAGCAAUGCAGAAGACUGGACGGGGACAGAGCUACAAGAGUAUUACGGUCCCACGCAUCAUCUUGAUAAAAGAUACCUGGAUUCCUUGGCCAGCGAUCUCUUCAAACGAGAUUUCGAUGAGAACGGAGAUGAGGUUGGUGUAGGAAAACGGAGGGAGGAGACAGCAGAGCCUCUUUUCUCGGAUGCCUCGUUUGGUUACUACUUACAGACCAUGCCAUCCAAAAGAUACCUGGACUCUUUAGCAGGGGACAUCUUCAAGCGCUAUUUCAACCCCUAUGUCUGGGCCAAUCUCAAGAGAAACCCUUACCGCAGGUUUCCCAGCAGAACUUACCUCGACUCCCUGGCUGGAGACCUCUUGAAGAGGGACGCUCACAAACGGAGAAAACGAUACGCGGAUCUGCAGACAUCGGAACUCUUCAAGCGAAAACACCACAGAAUAAUGCCCGGAUGGUUUCUGGACGCUUACCCGGUGCUGACCUACGGAGUCGGUGACACCAGCUCAAAAGACGACGAGACAGCAACGACAGGCGAUGUCAAACCCUUGACCAGCAAGCGAUUCAUCGACAGCAUCGCCAGCCACCUUCUCAAGAAGCGCAGCCUGGAGGACGCGGCCUUGACCCUCGACGACGACAAGCUGACAGCUGAUGACGUCAUAUCCGUUUCAAAGCGUUACCUGGACACUCUUGCUAGCGACCUGCUCGACUGAGACAUCUGGAACUUUCGAGUUUGUUUACUAUUUUGCGAACUUUACAGCACUGAGCGCUAGUCUUGCAAGCCACUCACCGCAGACGUGGACAGUUUUGUUUUCGGACUCAAUGAUCCUUUCGGACAACAGUUGAACAUUCCAGACCCAGCAUACACAGGACAACACAAAGUCAGUUUUUAGAAUUAUUAAUUAAUGUUUUCGAGUUGUAAGGACAUGAUUAAGAACUUCUUAAAAUUUUCUCUGUCCUAGCUAUUAAAAGUUUAUGUUUAUUUUAUGCACAAAUAUGAUGACGAAGGUAGUCGUUCAUUAUUGGCGGAACAACUGACCAUAGACAAUGUGUAGAAUCGUUUCAUAACGCAUGAUGUAUUGUUUGUUGAUAAGGCUGAAAUGUGUCCAAACCUACAACACCAAUAUUGCAGCAUGGUUGGUGUUCUAAGCGAUAUCAUGAAGUUUAUAAGAAAACAAAGUUGAAACUCUUGAAUAAAAAUAUGGAAGAACAGAA